CAAAGGUUUUGGACAUGCCUUGGCAAAACGGCUUCACGCACAGGGAUUUACUGUUUUUGCUGGAUGCUUGCUUGUGGAUGAGAAUGGAGAAGGAGCCAGGGAGCUGAAGAACAUGAAGUCAGAUCGCAUGAAGGUGCUACAGAUGGAUGUGUGCAGUGACCAGGAGGUGGCUCAGGCUGUGGAUUUCGUGAAGAGGACCCUGAAGAAGCCAGAGAAAGGUCUGUGGGGCCUGGUGAACAAUGCUGGCGUCUCGACCUUCGGAGAGGUAGAAUUUGCAAGUUUAGACGACUACAAGAAGGUGGCAGAGAUCAACCUGUGGGGCACUGUGAGGGUGACAAAGGCUUUCCUGCCCCUCAUUCGCAGAGCUAAAGGCCGUGUGGUGAAUAUCACCAGCAUGUUGGGACGGAUGGUGAGUCCAUCUCGCUCCUGCUAUUGCAUUUCCAAGUUUGGCGUGGCAGCAUUCUCUGACUGCCUCCGGCAGGAGAUGUACCGGUGGGGUGUCCGAGUCAUCCUCAUUGAGCCCAGUAACUUCGUGGCAGCCACAGGCAUCCUGACAGCGGACGGCAUCAACAAGCAGGCCGAGGCACUGUGGAGCGGAGCCAGCGACACUGUGCGGGAGGACUAUGGGAGGGAGUAUUUCACUUGCCACGUGGCCCUGAUGAAGUCCUUCAUUAACAGUGGCCUGAAGGACAUGUCUCUGGUCUUGAAUGACAUCACCCAUGCGCUCACUGCCACGCACCCGGACAACCGUUACAAUCCCAUGGAGACCUACUGGUGGGUGAGGCUGCAAGUCAUGACUCACCUGCCCACUGCCAUUGCCGACUGGCUUUACAUCCCUGGAGCCACCCUAUCAUCAGCACGUGGAGAUUGUCUGUGAUCCUGGACUUGGAACAAUCCCACUGAACUGCAGCUUAAGCAGUGUUGUAAUCACUUCUGACCCCUGCACUGUGAAAUGUGAGUAAUGCUUAAGUAGCACUGAUUUGCACAGAGAGAAAAAUAAACU